GCUAUUUUGGAAACUACAAGAAAAAAAUAGUUUGGGGAAAAAAAGGUUUGGUCUUUUCAGAGGACAUGGCUCAGAUAUCCAGCAACAGUGGAGUUAAACAAUGUCCAUCUUCACAUCUGGAACCAACAAGAGCAAAAGAUGUGGACAAAGAAGAAGCAUUACAGAUGGAAGCAGAGGCUUUAGCAAAACUGCAAAAGGAUAGACAAGUUACUGACAAUCAGAGAGGCUUUGAGUUGUCAAGUAGCACCAGACAAAAAGCACAGGUUUAUAACAAACAGGAUUAUGAUCUCAUGGUGUUUCCCGAAUCAGAUUCCCAAAAAAGAGCAUUAGAUAUUGAUGUAGAAAAGCUCACUCAGGCUGAACUUGAGAAGCUAUUGCUGGAUGACAGUUUCGAGACUAGAAAAACACCUGUAUUGCCAGUUACUCCUGUUCUGAGCCCUUUUUCAGCACAGCUCUACUUUAGACCUACUAUUCAGAGAGGACAGUGGCUACCUGGAUUAUCUGGGCCUUCCACUUAUGCUUUACCUUCUAUUUAUCCUUCUACAUACAGUAAACAGGCUGCAUUCCAGAAUGGCUUCAAUCCAAGAAUGCCCACUUUUCCAUCUACAGAACCUAUAUAUUUAAGUCUUCCGGGACAGUCUCCAUAUUUCUCAUAUCCUUUGACACCUGCCACACCCUUUCAUCCACAAGGAAGCUUACCUAUCUGUCGUCCAGUAGUCAGUCCUGACAUGGCAAAACUAUUUGACAAAAUAGCUAGUACAUCAGAAUUUUUAAAAAAUGGGAAAGCAAGGACUGAUUUGGAGAUUACAGAUUCAAAAGUCAGCAAUCUACAGGUAUCUCCAAAGUCUGAGGAUAUCAGUAAAUUUGACUGGUUAGACUUGGAUCCUCUAAGUAAGCCUAAAGUGGAUAAUGUGGAGGUAUUAGACCAUGAAGAAGAGAAAAAUGUUUCAAGUUUGCUCGAAAAGGAUCCUUGGGAUGCUGUUCUUCUUGAAGAGAGAUCGCCAGCAAAUUGUCGUCUUGAAAGAAAGGUGAAUGGAAAAUCCCUUUCUGUGGCAACUGUAACAAGAAGCCAGUCUUUAAAUAUUCGAACAACUCAGCUUGCAAAAGUCCAGGGCCAUAUAUCUCAGAAAGACCCAAAUGGGACCAGUGGUUUGCCAACUUCAAGUUCUCUUCUUCAGGAAGUUGAAGUACAGAAUGAGGAGAUGGCAGCUUUUUGUCAAUCCAUUACAAAAUUGAAGACCAAAUUUCCAUAUACCAAUCACCGCACAAAUCCAGGCUAUUUGUUAAGUCCAGUUACACUGCAAAGAAACAUAUGUGGAGAAAAUGCUAGUGUGAAGGUCUCCAUUGAAAUUGAAGGAUUUCAGCUACCAGUUACUUUUACUUGUGAUGUGAGUUCUACCGUAGAAAUUAUUAUUAUGCAAGCCCUUUGCUGGGUACAUGAUGACUUGAAUCAAGUAGAUGUUGGCAGCUAUGUUUUGAAAGUUUGCGGUCAAGAGGAAGUGCUGCAGAAUAAUCAUUGCCUUGGAAGUCAUGAGCAUAUUCAAAACUGUCGAAAAUGGGACACAGAAAUUAGACUACAACUCUUGACCUACAGUGCAAUGUGUCAAAAUCUGGCCCGAACAACAGAAGAUGAUGAAACUCCUGUGGAUUUAAACAAAUACCUGUAUCAAAUAGAAAAACCUUACAAAGAAGUCAUGACAAGACACCCUGUUGAAGAACUCUUAGAUUCUUAUCACAACCAAGUGGAACUAGCUCUUCAAAUUGAAAACCAGCACCGAGCAGUAGAUCAAGUAAUUAAAGCUGUAAGAAAAAUCUGUAGUGCUUUAGAUGGUGUUGAGACUCUUGCCAUUACAGAAUCAGUUAAGAAGCUAAAGAGGGCAGUUAAUCUUCCCAGGAAUAAAACUACUGAUGUGACUUCUUUGUCCGAAGGAGAAGACACUAGCAAGAGUUCAACUAGGGGCUCACUGAAUCCUGAAAAUCCUGUUCAAGUAAGCAUGGACCAAUUAACUGCAGCAAUUUAUGACCUUCUCAGACUCCAUACAAAUUCUGGUAGGAGUCCUACAGACUGUGCCCCAAGUAGCAGGAGUGUCAAGGAAGCAUGGGCUACAACAGAACAGCUCCAGUUUACUAUUUUUGCUGCUCAUGGAAUUUCAAGUAAUUGGGUAUCAAAUUAUGAAAAAUACUACUUGAUAUGUUCGCUGUCUCACAAUGGAAAGGAUCUUUUUAAACCUAUUCAGUCAAAGAAGGUUGGCACUUACAAGAAUUUCUUCUAUCUUAUUAAAUGGGAUGAACUAGUCAUUUUUCCCAUCCAGAUAUCACAAUUGCCAUUAGAAUCACUUCUUCACCUUACUCUUUUUGGAAUUUUAAAUCAGAACAGUGGAAGUUCCCCUGAUUCUAAUAAGCAGAGAAAGGGGCCAGAAGCCUUGGGCAAAGUUUCUUUACCUCUCUUUGACUUUAAACGGUUUUUAACAUGUGGAACUAAACUUCUAUAUCUUUGGACUUCACCACAUACAAAUUCUGUUCCUGGAACAGUUCUCAAAAAAGGAUAUGUCAUGGAAAGAAUAGUGCUACAGGUUGAUUUUCCUUCUCCUGCAUUUGAUAUUAUUUAUACAACUCCUCAAGUUGACAGAAGCAUUAUACAGCAACAUAACUUAGAAACACUAGAGAAUGAUAUAAAAGGGAAACUUCUGGAUAUUCUUCAUAAAGACUCAUCACUUGGACUUUCUAAAGAAGAUAAAGCUUUUUUAUGGGAGAAACGUUAUUAUUGCUUCAAAUACCCAAAUUGUCUUCCUAAAAUAUUAGCAAGUACCCCAAACUGGAAGAGGGCUAAUCUUGCCAAAACUUACUCAUUGCUUCACCAGUGGCCUCCAUUGUACCCACUAACUGCAUUGGAACUUCUUGAUUCAAAAUUUGCUGAUCAGGAAGUAAGAUCUCUAGCUGUGACCUGGAUUGAGGCCAUUAGUGAUGAUGAGCUAACAGAUCUUCUUCCACAGUUUGUACAAGCUUUGAAAUAUGAAAUUUACUUGAAUAGUUCAUUAGUGCACUUCCUUCUGUCCAGGGCAUUGGGAAAUAUCCAGAUAGCACACAGUUUAUAUUGGCUUCUCAAAGAUGCCCUCCAUGAUAUACACUUUAGUACCCGAUACGAACACGUUUUGGGUGCUCUCCUCUCAGUAGGAGGAAAACGACUUAGAGAAGAACUUCUAAAGCAGACGAAGCUUGUACAGCUUUUAGGAGGAGCAGCAGAAAAAGUAAGGCAGGCUAGUGGAUCAGCCAGACAGGUUGUUCUCCAAAGAAGUAUGGAACGAGUACAGUCCUUUUUUCAGAAAAAUAAAUGCCGUCUCCCUCUCAAGCCAAGUCUAGUGGCAAAAGAAUUAAAUAUUAAGUCGUGUUCCUUCUUCAGUUCCAAUGCUGUCCCCCUAAAAGUCACAAUGGUGAAUGCUGACCCUAUGGGAGAAGAAAUUAAUGUCAUGUUUAAGGUUGGGGAAGAUCUUCGGCAAGAUAUGUUAGCUUUACAGAUGAUAAAGAUUAUGGAUAAGAUCUGGCUUAAAGAAGGUCUAGAUCUGAGGAUGGUAAUUUUCAAAUGUCUCUCAACUGGCAGAGAUCGAGGCAUGGUGGAGCUGGUUCCUGCUUCCGAUACCCUCAGGAAAAUCCAAGUGGAAUAUGGUGUGACAGGAUCCUUUAAAGAUAAACCACUUGCAGAGUGGCUAAGAAAAUACAAUCCCUCUGAAGAAGAAUAUGAAAAGGCUUCAGAGAACUUUAUCUAUUCCUGUGCUGGAUGCUGUGUAGCCACCUAUGUUUUAGGCAUCUGUGAUCGGCACAAUGACAAUAUAAUGCUUCGAAGCACAGGACAUAUGUUUCACAUUGACUUUGGAAAGUUUUUGGGACAUGCACAGAUGUUUGGCAGCUUCAAAAGGGAUCGGGCUCCUUUUGUGCUGACCUCUGAUAUGGCAUAUGUCAUUAAUGGGGGUGAAAAGCCCACCAUUCGUUUUCAGUUGUUUGUGGACCUCUGCUGUCAGGCCUACAACUUGAUAAGAAAGCAGACAAACCUUUUUCUUAACCUCCUUUCACUGAUGAUUCCUUCAGGGUUACCAGAACUUACAUGUAUUCAAGAUUUGAAGUAUGUUAGAGAUGCACUUCAACCCCAAACUACAGAUGCAGAAGCUACAAUUUUCUUUACUAGGCUUAUUGAAUCAAGUUUGGGAAGCAUUGCCACGAAGUUUAACUUCUUCAUUCACAACCUUGCUCAGCUUCGUUUUUCUGGUAUUCCUUCUAAUGAUGAGCCCAUCCUUUCAUUUUCACCUAAAACAUACUCCUUUAGACAAGAUGGUCGAAUCAAGGAAGUCUCUGUUUUCACAUAUCAUAAGAAAUAUAACCCAGAUAAACAUUAUAUUUAUGUAGUCCGAAUUUUGAGGGAAGGACAGAUUGAACCAUCAUUUGUCUUCCGAACAUUUGAUGAAUUUCAGGAACUUCACAAUAAGCUCAGUAUUAUUUUUCCACUUUGGAAGUUACCAGGCUUUCCUAAUAAGAUGGUUCUAGGAAGAACACACAUAAAAGAUGUAGCCGCCAAAAGGAAAAUUGAGUUAAACAGUUAUUUACAGAGUUUGAUGAAUGCUUCAACAGAUGUAGCAGAGUGUGAUCUUGUUUGUACUUUCUUCCACCCUUUACUUCGUGAUGAGAAAGCUGAAGGAAUAGCUAGGUCUGCAGAUGCAGGUCCCUUCAGUCCUACUCCAGGCCAAAUAGGAGGAGCUGUGAAAUUAUCCAUCUCUUACCGAAAUGGUACUCUUUUCAUCAUGGUGAUGCACAUCAAAGAUCUUGUUACUGAAGAUGGGGCUGACCCAAAUCCAUAUGUCAAAACAUACCUACUUCCAGAUACCCACAAAACAUCCAAACGUAAAACCAAAAUUUCACGAAAAACAAGGAAUCCGACAUUCAAUGAAAUGCUUGUGUACAGUGGGUAUAGUAAAGAAACCCUAAGACAGCGAGAACUUCAACUAAGUGUGCUGAGUGCAGAAUCUCUGCGGGAGAAUUUUUUCUUGGGUGGAGUAACUCUGCCUUUGAAAGAUUUCAACUUGAGCAAAGAGACAGUUAAAUGGUAUCAGCUGACUGCAGCAACGUACUUGUAAACUAGUGAAUGUCUCAGCUUUGGAAGCAAGGACAGUUAUAAACGUGCAUAUGUACAUGCACAGACACACUUGUGAAUUUUGUAUAGUAUUUUAUACUUGGACGGAACUUAUGUAGUUAAAUAUACUUGCUGCAUUUGAACACAUUUAUUGGACCAACAGUCACAUAACUAACCUUUUUGAACUUUUGGAAGCCAUUGCUGUUUUAGUCAUUAUGCAGAAUGCUAUAAACCAGGUGUCCCCAAACUACGGCCCAUGGGCCACUUGCGG